AUGGGGACCUUCAACCUGUGGACAGACUACUUGGGUUUGGCACGCCUGGUGGGGGCUCAGCGUGAGGAGGACGAGCCGGAGACCAGGCUGGACCGCCAGCCAGAAGCAGUGCCAGAACCGGGGGGUCAGCGACCCAGCCCUGAAUCCUCACCAGCUCCCGAACGCCUGUGCUCUUUCUGCAAACACAACGGCGAGUCCCGGGCCAUCUACCAGUCCCACGUGCUCAAGGAUGAAGCGGGCCGGGUGCUGUGCCCCAUCCUCCGCGACUACGUGUGCCCCCAGUGCGGGGCCACCCGCGAGCGCGCCCACACCCGCCGCUUCUGCCCGCUCACCGGCCAGGGCUACACCUCGGUCUACAGCUACACUACCCGGAAUUCGGCUGGCAAGAAGCUGGUCCGCUCGGACAAGGCGAGGACGCAGGACACUGGACACGGAUCGCGCCGAGGAGGAGGCGGCGGAGGAGGUGCCUGUGCAGGUUCCAAAGGUGCCAGGAAGUCUUCUGGAACUCCUCCCUCUUCCUGCUGCCCCUCUACUUCUGCCUAA